AUGUGUUCGCAAUCAACAGAUCGGAAGCGAGUGGCAGCUUCCAGUGAUUAUUUAGAUAGGUCAAUUGAAAGAGCAAACAAGAAACACCAAGCUACCGCUUGUUUGCCCAACCAGCAAGUACCCGGGUUCCAGAAUGACACCUUCACAGACGAAUUUUUUCAGGCUAUGAGGGCCAAAAUUGACGAGGUGUUCCCCAUCGAAACUUUCGCAGAGGAACGGGACUGCAGCAUCAAUGACGUCCGUGAUGCUCUUGAUGCUGUUUUUCUCGCAUCUCUCGAUGUAUCCCUUGAGGUACCUCAGGUUUGGCAUGAAGCCAAGUCAGUUUCAGAACGCGGAAAGAUUCUCAUCGCAAAAUGGCGGUCCUCUCACGGUGGAAUCAUGGAUCAUACGGGACAUGCAGGAGAUCCGAUUUGCAUCACCGAUUCUUCUAACUGCAGUACGCCUGUUCCGAACUCAGAGACUACAAUACGUUCCACCAAUUCCAAAACUGGGUUAAACGAUGCCUGGGCCAAGACAACACCGGUGAAGCCAGAGACAAAUUCAUACCCGACGAGUGACUCCUUUGUGACUCCGACCCGGAAUCCACCAACAAAGAGGGAAAUCCCGACUGCUAGGGUUCCAGUUCGGCUUGACGUUUAUGGAUCAUACAUCCCGGUACACAAGUGGAUUGACGGGUUCCACAAACCUCCAAUUGGGGUUUCCGACGACAUGACUGACGAGGAGCUUGAUGAGCUGAUUCAAAAUGGAUAUUUCACCUAG